AUGCAGCUGGAGCACUGCCUCUCUCCUUCUAUCAUGCUCUCCAAGAAAUUUCUCAAUGUGAGCAGCAGCUACCCACAUUCGGGCGGAUCUGAGCUUGUCUUGCAUGAUCAUCCCAUUAUCUCGACCACUGACAACCUGGAGAGAAGUUCACCUUUGAAAAAAAUUACCAGGGGGAUGACGAAUCAGUCAGAUACAGACAAUUUUCCUGACUCCAAGGACUCACCAGGGGACGUCCAGAGAAGUAAACUCUCUCCUGUCUUGGACGGGGUCUCUGAGCUUCGUCACAGUUUCGAUGGCUCUGCUGCAGAUCGUUACCUCCUCUCUCAGUCCAGCCAGCCACAGUCUGCGGCCACCGCUCCCAGUGCCAUGUUCCCGUACCCCGGCCAGCACGGACCGGCGCAUCCCGCCUUCUCCAUCGGCAGCCCCAGUCGCUACAUGGCCCACCACCCGGUCAUCACCAACGGAGCUUACAACAGCCUGCUGUCCAACUCUUCGCCGCAGGGCUACCCCACGGCCGGCUACCCCUACCCACAGCAGUACGGCCACUCCUACCAAGGAGCCCCUUUCUACCAGUUCUCCUCCACCCAGCCCGGGUUGGUGCCCGGCAAGGCGCAGGUGUACCUGUGCAACAGGCCACUUUGGCUGAAAUUUCAUCGGCAUCAAACGGAGAUGAUCAUCACUAAACAGGGAAGGCGCAUGUUUCCCUUUUUGAGUUUUAACAUUUCUGGUCUCGAUCCCACCGCUCAUUACAAUAUUUUUGUGGAUGUGAUUUUGGCGGAUCCCAAUCACUGGAGGUUUCAAGGAGGCAAAUGGGUUCCUUGUGGCAAAGCGGACACCAAUGUGCAAGGAAACCGGGUCUAUAUGCAUCCGGAUUCCCCCAACACUGGGGCGCACUGGAUGCGGCAAGAAAUCUCUUUUGGAAAAUUAAAACUUACCAACAACAAGGGAGCAUCAAACAACAAUGGACAGAUGGUGGUUUUACAGUCCCUGCACAAGUACCAGCCCCGUCUGCACGUGGUGGAAGUGAAUGAGGAUGGUACAGAGGACACCAGCCAGCCAGGCCGCGUCCAGACGUUCACUUUUCCGGAGACUCAGUUCAUCGCUGUCACCGCCUAUCAGAACACCGAUAUUACACAACUAAAAAUAGAUCAUAACCCCUUUGCAAAAGGAUUUCGAGAUAACUAUGACACGAUCUACACGGGCUGCGACAUGGACCGCUUGACCCCGUCGCCCAACGACUCCCCGCGCUCGCAGAUCGUGCCCGGCGCCCGCUACGCCAUGGCCGGCUCUUUCCUGCAAGACCAGUUCGUGAGCAACUACGCCAAGGCCCGCUUCCACCCGGGCGCCGGCGCGGGCCCCGGGCCGGGCACGGACCGCAGCGUGCCGCACACCAACGGGCUGCUGUCCCCGCAGCAGGCCGAGGACCCGGGCGCGCCGUCGCCGCAGCGCUGGUUCGUCACGCCGGCCAACAACCGGCUGGACUUCGCGGCCUCGGCCUACGACACGGCCACGGACUUCGCGGGCAACGCGGCCACGCUGCUGUCGUACGCGGCCGCGGGCGUGAAGGCGCUGCCGCUGCAGGCCGCGGGCUGCACGGGCCGCCCGCUCGGCUACUACGCCGACCCUUCGGGCUGGGGCGCGCGCAGCCCCCCGCAGUACUGCGGUGCCAAGUCGGGCUCGGUGCUCCCCUGCUGGCCCAACAGCGCCGCGGCCGCCGCGCGCAUGGCCGGCGCCAACCCCUACCUGGGCGAGGAGGCCGAGGGCCUGGCGGCCGAGCGCUCGCCGCUGGCGCCCGCCGCCGAGGACGCCAAGCCCAAGGACCUGUCCGACUCCAGCUGGAUCGAGACGCCCUCCUCCAUCAAGUCCAUCGACUCGAGCGACUCGGGGAUUUACGAGCAGGCCAAGCGGAGGCGGAUCUCCCCGGCCGACACGCCGGUGUCUGAGAGCUCGUCCCCGCUCAAGAGCGAGGUGCUGGCCCAGCGGGACUGCGAGAAGAACUGCGCCAAGGACAUAGGCGGCUACUAUGGCUUCUACUCGCACAGCUAG